AUGUCAGGAGUUUUCGCGCAAAAAAGCGCUAGGUAUGUUAUUGCUGAGGAAGCAACAAGUCCCAAACGUCUUUUAGAUGAAAAUGAGCAUAUUAUAGAGUUAAUUGCAGAUCUUACCAAGAAAGGUCGGUUUCGGGAAUCAGUUCAAAUGCAGACUGUUCUUCAACGUAAUUUAGUUUACCUUGUCUCUUUGGUAGACCAAAAUAACUUGAAUCUACAUGAGUCAGUUAAUGCAGGUUUUGUCGAUGAAUAA